AUGUUUGACAUGCUGCAAACUAUUGGCAAGUUCAAUGGGUUGUCAAGUGAAGACCCGCAUCUACACUUGAAGAACUUCAUGGACGUGGCAGACAACUUUAAGAUGCAAGGAGUUACAUCUGAUGCACUAAGACUGAAGUUGUUUCCUUAUUCUCUCUCCAAUGGAGCUAAGAUAUGGCUUAACACUCUACCACCUAAUUCAAUCAGAAGAUGGGAGGGCCUUGCUGAAAAUUUUUUGAUCAAAUUCUUUCCUCCCACCAAGGCAGCUCAAUUGAGGAAUGAUAUAUCAAUGUUCCAGCAAUUUGAUGGAGAAUCACUAUAUGAAAGCUGGGACAGAUUCAAGGAAUUGCUAUGGAGAUGCCCCAAUCAUGGCAUACCUGAAUGGAUCCAGAUGGAAACUUUCUACUAUGGGUUGAAUGGAAAAACUAAAGAUAUAGUAGAUGCAUCAUCUGGAGGAGCUCUCUUGGACAAGACUUACACUGAAGCAUAUGAGAUCCUAGAGAAGAUGGCAUACAACAAUUACCAAUGGUCAACAGAGAGGUCAAUUGCACAGAAUGAAGCUGUAGGAUUGCUGGAGCUCGAUUCAAUAGAGACUCUCAAUCUUACUGCUGAUGCUAUAGCACAACAAGCACAUUCAAUUUAUAAUGCUGUAACAUGUGUUUUCUGUAAUGGCCCACAUGUUUAUGAUGAUUGUCCCCAAAACCCUCAAUCUCUCUGUUUUGUAGGAAAUUAUAACAUUAAUAAUCCAUAUUCAAACACCUACAACCCAGAUUGGUGGAAUCAUCCAAAUUGCUCCUAUUUUGAAGGGCAACAGCAAGGGUCAGUGUAUGCUACAGCACUGCAAGAUCACAGACCACCAUUCCAGCAGCAGCAACAGCAACAGCAUUACCAACAGCCUGGACAGCAAGCUGACAACUCUGAUGCGCUGGAGAGUAUGCUGAAGGACUUUAUGGCAAGAAGUGAUGCUCUUAUCCAAGAUCAAACUGCAUUAAUCAAGAACUUGGAGACUCAAAUGGGUCAGUUGGUGGAAGCUGUGAGAGAUAUAUCUUAUGAAUCACUGCCCAACAACAUUGAAGAUCCAAGAAGCAUUGGAUAUGAGCAAAUCAAAACUGUAGCAUUAAAGAAUGAGAAGGCAGUAGAUAGACCAGAGGCCAUAGAGAACUACCACAAUCUGAAGGAGGAAGCUGAAAUUCAGAAGGAAGGAGGCAAGGUUGUUGUGGAAGAUGAAUUAAAAGAACAACAUGUUGCACCUGAAGUUGCUAUCACAGAACAGAAUGCUACAGCAAAGCAACAGCACUGUCAGCAAGUCAACAGGACAAAUAGACCACCAUCUCCCUUCCCUCAAAGACUUCAGAAGCAACAAGAUGAUGUGCCAUAG